AUGGCCACCCUCCCGUCCCCGCCACCACACGCCCUCUCGCCCGAGCCCGCCUACUCCCGCCUCCCGCACCCGCACCCAGACCUCACCAUGAAGGCUCUCCUGGCCUCCUCCCUCCGAGUCCUCGACCAGCCGCCCCCGCCCACCCUCCGCGAGAUCCUCGAGGCAUACAAAGCCCGCGGCGACGGUGACCGCGACAUGCUCCUCGCCAUGCUCAACGCAAAGAGCGCAGAGGACCAGCGACUCGCGUCUCACGCCACCCUCCACCGCACCCUGCUCGACUUUUACCACGCCCCGCCCCUCCACCCCGUCCCGCCCAUGCUCGCCAUGCAGCUCUCGGACGGCCCCCAUUCCGCCUCGUCCUCCGCGUACCCGCACCCGCACCACUUCCCGUCCCCCCCAGCGUCCUACCACCACUCCCCGCCCGCGCUGCACGACGACCCCGCGUACGUGCGCCGCCACCACUCGCGCUCGCCCUCCGCCGCGCGAGAGCCCCGCCCCUCGACCUCUUCCACCGGCCAGGUCCCACGAAAACGCCGCCGCACGUCCCGGUCGCCCCCGCCCCGCACGCGCGCUUCGCCUACGCCCUACGCACGUCACCACCACCCACACGACGCGCUCCCUCCUCUGCCGUACUCACCGACAUCAUCCGGGGGCUCGCCACGGUCGCGCGAGUCGAUGGCGAUCAACUCCCUCCUGCUCACGUCGCAUUCGCGCGAUGAGGACGGGCCAGUGCGGCACACGAGCUCCGAACGGAGCACGUCGAUGGGUUCGCGAGAUCGAUGA